AUGGAGCUUUAUGGACUUCCGACACGUCGGGGAAACGCCUUACCCCGCCUGGUGAACACGAGGUCUGGCUUUUAUUUAAUCGCCGACGUUUGUUCUGUACGGCCUUCCGUAGUCAAAUUUCCUUACAGCCUGUUUCCAGGCCAGUCCUUGGACCAAUUCCGCCAUUGGCAUGUCGCAUUUCACAGAUCACUGAUCAACGAACACGUUGCCGAUGCACUGGCUUGCUGCCUCUUUGACGUCGUCGUCGACACGGUUCAAUAUAUGAUGCUUGUCGUCAUGCCACGUAUUCUUUCUGUCCAUCUAACUCGGCACUUGGACUUGAUCCAUCAGUUUCUCAGUCCGACACCAGUGGAUCCCCCUUUUGGCACGGAGCAGCACAUAUCCAUGGCGCCCAUUGCCGUCGCGACCUCGUGUAAAGUUCAUUGCGUCAAGGCUCCCGACACAGCGCAUUGGAAUAACACACAUAUAGAUGCCGCGAUACCCCCUCCUCACGACCCGGUCCCGAAACUAGUCUCUCACGCCAUAGCCGCUCCACAACUUGUCUUAGACAAUGUCAUACCUCCGCAACUCAAGCUCCUGGUCACGCUCAUGGCACAUGCUGCAGAUCCCCAGGCUCACGACUUCUCUUCCCUUCCAGACAUGCACCCACGCGCAUCCCUUUCAAUCGUUGCAUCUUCCCCCAGGUAG